GUAGAGUUGGUAAAAGGCGGGAAAAACAUUGCGGUAUGUCCGUCCAAUGUCCAUGACUAUGUGCGCCUUUAUGCUGAGCAGAGGAUGCUGGGAAGCAACGCAAAAGUUCUUCAGGUAGGAAACUGGAUCACCCACUUUAAUCUCCAGCCGUGACCCUUGUUGCGGUUCAUUGCACCUCUUUAAUCUAUAAUAACUACCAGUUUAUCUACUAAUGGAAAAAAAAAUAAAAAAGCACGACAACAACCACUUUUAUUUUCAUCUUAGAGUACAUUGACAUCCCCGAUAAAAGCGAACGCUUGCACUGUCGUAAAACUACAUGGAAAAGGGGAGGUUUAAUGUUGUGGUUCAAUUUUAUGCUUGAUUCAAGUUUAAUUUUCCUAUUUUUUUCGGUAUAGUAAUUUAUGAUAACUAUAGAGCUUGAAACAUAAAAAAGGAAAAUUUGAACAAAGGAAAGAUUCAACAGAAACACAAAUAGUAGCAAAUUGUCUUUUUUGCGCUCAUGCGUUUUACUCAAGGAAACUCUGUUGUGAGUUAGCGCUACACUUUUGCGAGAGUAAGAAAUACCUGAACUCAGCAGGUGUGUUGUUUUGCAGGCACUUCGCAGUGGUGUGUUGGAUGUGGUUCCUUUAACAGCAUUUGACAAUCUAACAGCUGAAGAUUUUCGCCUUCUUUUGAAUGGAUGCGGUGAAGUCAACGUACAACAGCUGACGAGUUACACUUCAUUUAAUGACGAAACAGGAGGUUUGUUACACGUCUACACGCAAGCCGUUUGUUCUGUUGAUAUGUUUUGAAAAAUUGCAUUCACUUCCUUUUACCCCUGCUGUAAUUUAAAAUGAAAUCGAUGCAUUAUAUUUGCUGUUUCUUUCUUUUCAUAGGGGCUGGAGCUGAAAAGCUGCUCAAAUUUAAGAAGUGGUUCUGGUCAAUAGUUGAGAAAAUGACCAGUGCUGAUAGACAGGACUUGGUAAGCACCACACCUUUGUUUAAGCAGUUUGGUGCUAUCUCUAAUCAUAAUUAGAAUGGUCUAACAGUUGAUUUGUUUCAUGUACUUUUGAAUCAUCUGAGACGUUAAUAGUAGCCUUCACUAAGAAAUGCACAGAUAGAUGUAGUAAAGUGACGGCGCACUGUUAAAUUAAGCUUUGAAGUGCAUUGUUUAAAAUCUCAAAAUCUUAGCUAUUACCACAAAAAGUAAAUAUGCAAGUUUAGUUCUUUUCCAGGACCUUAGUCGUAAUUUACAUAGAAAACCACUGAGUGAGUGACAGUUUGUGUUACUGUACCUUCUUUUUAAUGUUCCUUUCUUUCUUUCCUUGAAGGUGUACUUUUGGACUUCAAGCCCGGCGUUGCCUGCAAGCGAGGAGGGUUUUCAGCCUAAACCUUCAGUGACAGUCAAACCAGCGCAUGAUCAUCAGUUACCUACAGCAAACACAUGUAUUUCUCGACUCUACAUUCCACUGUAUUCUUCUCGUGCAAUUCUCAAAAGCAAACUGCUAUUGGCCAUUAAGACUAAAACCUUUGGAUUCGUUUAG